CAACCUCCUAGCCGUGGAGGCAGCUUCCUCCUUGUCUGUCACGUGGAGCUUGGCUCCCGUUCCUCACAGCCUUGGGUCACACAGCCCGCAGUGCCUGUUCGGAGAGGAGCCAGGAGCACAGAGCCAACAUGGGCUCGGGGGCCAGCAUGCUGAGAGCCUUCCUCCUCCUCCUGGAUGUUGGAGGAGCUCCAGUGUUAGCAACGGGCAAGUCUGCUGAGGCUGAAAUUGAUAUCAAGUACGCCAUCAUCGGGACGGCUCUGGGCGUCGCCAUAUCAGCUGUCUUCCUGGUCUUGAAGAUCUGCAUGAUCAGGAAACAUUUGUUUGAUAUCGACUCCUCGGACUUGAGAAGCACAAACCCAGGCUUCAACGAUACCAUCACACUAAAGAAGAGAGUCCCAAGGUCAAACCUCAGUUUCUCCGAAAGAGGUGAACAAGUGAUUGAGCUCUGAAUGAGUGGCCUCUUCAGGAGAGGUUGGGCAGUCUGGACAGUUUCAGUCUCAGGGAUGUCAUGAAUUUGAGCUUCCAAAGCUGGUGAUGGACCUUCACGUGGAACUCAAUGCCCAGGCACGUAAGAGAUGGAAUAGAGUCUACAGUGUUUCUGGCCUGAAGGAAAAUAUCAAUCCUCUUCCACGAGAAGCUGACUGCAUAGAGGGAGGCAUGAGCACAUUAUCCAGCAGUAAGAAAAGAUGGAAACCAAUAAAUCCACACUGUCUAUCCUGGUCCUCCAUGAUGGCGCUGUUCAUGAUUCUAUGAUAGCAUUGUGUCCAUAUCAGUGGAACCUACCCAUAGCAAAUGGCUCAUGGAAAUGGGGACCAAAGUCAAGACACAGCCUCCUUAGCACCACCAUUUAUCAACAGGUAAGCAUCAUUUUCUAGAACUGAUGGCCUCACCAUCUCCAUUGCCAUAAGAAUCCCCCUGCAAAUAUUCAGGGUCCUUGAGACAUGAAGACCAUGGAGUCUUCUGGUCUGGUCAUGAGACUGGUCAUGAGACUUCUGGUCUCAUGAAUGAAAGACUGACCUUCCACGGAAAGAAAUGGAGGGCUGGGCCGGAGUGAGAGGAAAGGGUCUCAAUGGCCACGGAAUGGCCUGCAGCUCUGCAAAUGAUGGAGCCAACAAAGGAUUAAAUGAAAAAGCCGAUGGUGUACUUUAUAGGGACCUACACAGAUGUAAGGGAUUAUUGUUAUGUUAUAGCAUUAUUUUGUGGUUAUUAGUACAAAUGUGAAUGGCUUUUGCCUGGAGGACAUGACUAGCAGAGGCUUAGGAAACCCCCAUCUUCUUAUUAUUGCCAUCAACCUAAGGCUGUGUGGCACAAACCCCAUUAAUAUUUCUCUCCCCCAUACUAUUAACCCUGUAUUUCCGGGGCUGCAUUAUGGAAUACUCUUUGCCUUUCCAGUUCAACAGAAAUCCAGGUGGUUGCGUGGGCUGGUUCUCCUCCGAUUGGGUUACUCUCCUUGUGUGUGAUGAAAGAUGAGCAAUAUUUCAAAACAAAGUGCUGUGUUAUAAGAAUUUGCCUGGAUUCCCAGGGCGUCUUUUAUCUGACUUGAUAACAACAUAGUUCAUUAGCAGCCUUUGUUAGCUGAUAACCUAAAGCAGUAACAUGAUACUCAUAAGGAAUUUUCUGUGUGUAAGAAUAAACCAUCUUGUAAGGUAUCUGUUAAUUGAUUUGCUUCUUUUACCAGCAUUUUAAUUAAGACUUCUGGUUUGUGAGUGGCAGAGAC